AUGCACUGUCACGACGACCAAAACCCACCACUGCACCAUUGCAGUUCACACCAGAACCUUGCGCACCCACCACGACAUCCACUCGUACCGCAACUUUGUGAGGAGGUCGACCGUUGACCGCGGACCACAGCGAGAAACAUUUCUUCUCCCCCCUCCGUCCUUGCUUCGUUUUUCGUCUGCGCAUCGCCCCGCAAGGCUCCUCAUUUCGAUAUGGAAUCCAGUCCGAUUCCAGUCACUGUGGAGAGCAGUGUCGUUUCCAUCCAGGAGCCCACUUCGGUAGUCUCAUCUAGACCCGACCCUCGAACCAUGCAACUCGACGUUCGAAUCGACGGUGCCGUCCCAAAAAAUCGACAAAUGCUCAAUGGCUCUGACACCAUGAUAGCCACUCGACAAUAUCAACACGUAAUCAUCCACUCUCUCAGCUGCCACUUUGCGGCUGCCCAUGACUCCGACAAGAGGACCUCUCACGCAUUGCAAACCAGAGCAUGCCACAAGGCCUCGCGAGCGGCAAUCAUCACAUUCAGCCAGAUUGCAACCAUAUUCGUCCCAGAUUGAGAAAGAUAAUCUUGCCUCAUUUCUCCAUCAUUCCCUUUUGAGCCCGGUCACCCUUGAGCUUUCAAUUUCGAAUCUUACCAAGAAACCCUGGCGUCCUGCCGAGCUGUGACAAACCCCUUCCUUCCCAAGUGUGUGACAUCUCAUUUCCAGACAACAGCACAACCCUCAAGACCACCACAACAGGGAGAACUGGAACACCAGCCUUUUGGUCAAGGCCCAGCCACCAGAGAGGCCAGAGCCACUGACCAGCGAUGCCCGGACCCAGGAUUGUGCACCAUCUAACUAUUCUUAGCACCCCUGCUCGUCAGAAGAAUUCGAAAUUUGUAUGUACUGUGUAC